GGAAAAUUGCAGCCCUGAUUUGAAAACCCAACAGUUGGUGUUGGAGAUCAUCAAAAUGUCUCUUUACAAUUUCAGCCUUGCUUUCUAUGCUGGCCUUGUAGCUGUAAUUCUUCUUGCUUUACAAAAAUACUUCAAGAUUGGCCAUAGGCCAGCGAACUAUCCCCCAGGACCUCCAACUUUGCCAUUCAUCGGCAACUUGCACCAAAUUCCUCAGAAAAACCGCCAUCUACAGUUCGAAAAAUGGGCACGGCAGUAUGGGCCUGUAUAUUCACUGAUUCUGGGCGCCAAGGUCAUGAUUGUCCUCAACUCAGACCUCGCAGUUAAGGACCUGCUGGAUAAGCGUGGUGCUAUCUACUCCUCAAGGCCAGAUAUUUAUAUUGGCCAAAAUAUUCUCAGCGGUGGGCUGAGAGUACUCUUCAUGCCAAAUCAUGGAGUAUGGACAAUGGUGCACAAAUUGGCCCGUCGCAUUCUGAACGUGACUGUUGCACGAACAUAUGUGCCAUAUCAAGACUUGGAAAACAAAGCUAUGCUUCUUGGCGUUUUGGAAAGUCCAAGUGAUUUUAUAAAUCAUCUUCGUCGAUAUACGGCGUCUCUGACUACUCAGAUGACGUUUGGAUUUCGGACGGUGAGCAUGCACGAUGAAAGGUUCAAAGAAGCAUUCUAUAUUUUUGAUCGGAGUGGAGAGAUGAUUGGAUCACGAACUGCAGCUCUUUUUGAUUUGUUGCCCAUCUUAAGAUAUUUACCCGACUUUCUUGCGCCCAUCAAAAAGGAAGGGAGAGAAAUACACCGCCGGGAGUUGAAGCUAUUUCGAGGUCUCUUCCUCAACGCCAAAACAGGGCUACAAGAUGGUACUGCUAAGCCUUGUGUGUGCGUCGAUCUCGUUCAAAUGCAGCGAGAGGAGAAAUUCUCAGACAACCUCGCUGGGUACAUUAGCGGCUCACUUUUGCAAGCUGGCUCUGAGACCACGGCAACAAUACUUGUCGCCUUUGUGCAAGCGAUGGUCAUUUUUCCUGAAGUUGCAAAAGCUGCCCAAGAAGAGUUGGACCGUGUUUGUGGUGACCGCAUGCCUGAUCUGAACAACGUUCCUGAUCUCCCAUAUAUUCGGGCUUGUGCCAAGGAGAGUCUUCGAUGGAUGCCAGGUUUCAUGUUGGGUAUACCUCAUGCCGUUACGCAAGAUGAUUCGUAUAUGGGGUAUCUCAUUCCAAAAGGCUCAGCGGUGAUUCUAAAUGUUUGGGCUAUCCACAAUGAUCCCCAACGACAUCCAAAUCCAAGGCAAUUCAAUCCUCUUCGAUACAUUGACGACCACCAUACUUCCAUAGAUUCAUCCAAUAACCCGGAUGUCAGCAAAAGAGACCAUUUCGUCUUCGGUGCAGGAAGACGCAAGUGCCAAGGUAUGCACAUUGCUGACCGAUCGAUAUUUCUAGCUAUCUCGCGUCUGCUCUGGGCAUUCAAUUUCCACAGAGCGGUAGAUGGCGAGACUGGAAAGGAAAUUGUUCCUGAUAUGGAUAGUUUCGCAGAUGGUAUGAUGAUGAUUCCAAAACCCUUCGCUGCGAAUAUUCAUCCUAGAAGCGCUGCAAAAGCCGAAAAGGUCAAGCAGGAAUGGGACCAAAUGUUGGAGAUGCUUGAUGAAAACCAACAAUGGAAGGAGGUUCCUGAGGGCUUGGUUUGGAAAGAUGAGCAGGUGUCUCAGUGAGAGACUUUAGAUUUUCCAUGAAUAGAAAGAACUCCCAU